GUAACCUAGCCUUGUAGAUCAAACAUUUCCAAUAGCGAUCGUGCGCGACUAAGUUUCUUGUAGAUGUGUUAUUGACACGUCGCUUUCCUCAGAAAUAUUUAAUUUACUAGCGAGCCUUCUUCCUCGAAGGAUAUGAUACGCAAUAACAAAAUGUCUCACAGGGAACAUGAUAAACGUAGGCUAAGCUUCUAGGCCUAUCGUUAUAGACCUAUUUGAAACUAUGUUUGCGUAAUUUGCCUGACAACGCGAAAGGCGGUCUUCCAGAGCUUCGGUAAAUUGGCUUGUCUUCUUCUGAUUAGUAGGCCUAGUGCAGAAAACCUUUACAACGCAAAAUUACAACGAGGAAAUACAGAAUUUAACGUUUAGCUGGCGCCUGAAAGUCGAACAAAAAGACCAUAAACCAUGAGCUAUCCAGGAUACCCUCCUCAAGCCGGUGGCUACCCACCCCAAGCCGGAGGCUACCCACCCCAAGCUGGAGGCUACCCACCCCAAGCUGGAGGCUACCCACCCCAAGCCGGAGGCUACCCACCCCAAGCCGGAGGCUACCCACCCCAGGCUGGAGGAUACCCACCUCAGGCAGGCGGCUAUCCCCCUCAAGCAGGGGGUUACCCCUCUCAGGCUGGAGGUUACCCCCCUCAGGCUGGUGGCUAUCCUCCACAGCCUGGAGCUGGAGGGUACCCAGCCAUGCCCCCAGCAGGUAGUUGGGGAGGUGGUGCUGGUUUCCCCACCAUAGGUGUUGAUAAUCUGUCCAACCCUGGAUUCAACGCAGGCAAUCUUCCAGGCAUGGCCAACCAGAUCUCCUCAUCCAUGGGGGGCUUUAACCCCAACCCUGCCAUGUUCACCUCUGGUGGGUACCCCCAACAUUCCCCCCAGCCCCCUAACCAACAGCCCCAUGGCCUGUACCCACAGCCAGGUGGGCAGAUGCCCCAGACUCAAGGCCCAGGCAUGGGCUACCCAGGCCAGCCCAUGCCUGGCUACCCACAGGCACCCUCACCCAACCCCUCCAUGCCUGGUUACGGAGGAGGACCAGCGCCUAACCAGCCCAUGCCAGGGUACCCUCGUGCCCCGUCGCCCAACCCGUCCAUGCCAGGAUACGGAGGUGGAGCCAUGCCCGUCGCUCCUGCCAUCAACAGAGGAUUCAGGGGAAGCAUCAAGGAUUAUCCAGGAGCAGACCCCCUGAGAGAUGUGGAGGUUCUGAGGAAAGCCAUGAAGGGCUUUGGUACUGAUGAACAGGCCAUCAUAGACCUGCUAGGAAGUCGCUCCAACAGACAGCGUGUCCCCAUGCUCAUGGCCUUCAAAACCUCCUACGGAAAGGAUCUGGUUAAGGAUCUUAAGUCCGAGCUGUCAGGGAACUUUGAGAAGCUGGUGCUGGCCAUGUUGAAGACUCCAUCCCAGCUUGAUGCCUACGAACUGAAGGAAGCCAUUAAGGGCGCAGGGACAGACGAGGCCUGUCUGAUAGAGAUCCUGUCCUCUCGCUCCAAUGCAGAGAUCAAAGAGCUCAACCAGGUCUACAAGACAGAGUAUAAGAAGUCUCUGGAAGAUGCCAUCAGUGGGGACACCUCAGGACAUUUCCGUAGACUCCUCAUCUCUCUGGCCCAGGGUAAUCGAGAUGAAAGAGAGACAGUGGACAUCUCUGUAGCUAAACAAGAUGCUCAGGCUCUGUAUGCUGCUGGGGAGAACAAGGUGGGAACUGAUGAGUCCAAGUUCAACGCCAUCCUGUGUUCUAGGAGCAAACCCCACCUCAGAGCAGUGUUCCAUGAGUAUCAGCAGAUGUGUGGCAGAGACCUAGAGAAGAGCAUUGACAGAGAAAUGUCUGGAGACCUGGAGAGUGGAAUGGUGGCCGUGGUCAAGUGUAUUAAGAACACACCUGCCUACUUUGCAGAGAGACUCUACAAGUCCAUGAAGGGGGCCGGGACCAAAGACAAAACCCUGAUUCGGAUCAUGGUGACGCGUUCUGAGGUGGACAUGCUGGAUAUCCGUCAGGAAUACGUCAAGAACUACGGCAAGUCGCUCUACACAGACAUCUCUGGAGACACCUCAGGGGACUAUAAGAAACUGCUGUUAAAGCUGUGUGGAGGGAGCGACUAGAGGGACCAUGUCAGCUCUCUACGGGAUCUCCUCCACACUAUAUACAUUUACUGACUGGCCUAUAAUAUAAUCAUUAUCAUAAUAUGCGCCAUUCUGCCAAUCUGUCUGACUGUCUUCCUCUGCACCACAAUCAGCAGUUCUGCAUGCCAUGCCAUCUAUUUUUUCAAUGCAACUGUUGUCAUAUGUUAUGAUAUGAGAACAUCAUGUCCUAAAGCUGUUCCUUUUCUAUAUUUUUAUGAGCAACAAAGUAUAUAUUUUUCAAUAAGUUUUCGUUUGAUUGGUAUUAUAUCUUAGUCUAUCUGAAAAUGCCCUUAAAGGUACAAUGUGCAACAUUGAUUAGAUUUGGAAUUUAAAUCAAUAUAUAUAUAUUUUUUAAAGAUAUAUUUUAUUUUAACCAGCCUGUGCCAAUAAUAUGCGUAUCUAAUUGUACAAGUUAAUUCAGUACUAGUUGAUUUAGCUGAGCAGUGUUGAAUACGUUACUCUGAUAAGAAUAAUUAGCAGCUAAAAUACCAAAGUGGUCAGUUUAUAUUUAAGCAGUUAAUGCCCGAGUGGGUGUGAUAUAUGGCCAAUAUACCACGGCUAAGGGAUGUUCUUAAGCAGUACCUGGAUACAGCCCAUGAUAUAUGGCCAAUAUACCACGGCUAAGGGAUGUUCUUAAGCAGUACCUGGAUACAGCCCAUGAUAUAUGGCCAAUAUACCACGGCUAAGGGAUGUUCUUAAGCAGUACCUGGAUACAGCCCAUGAUAUAUGGCCAAUAUACCACGGCUAAGGGAUGUUCUUAAGCAUUACCUGGAUACAGCCCAUGAUAUAUGGCCAAUAUACCACGGCUAAGGGAUGUUCUUAAGCAGUACCUGGAUACAGCCCAUGAUAUAUGGCCAAUAUACCACGGCUAAGGGAUGUUCUUAAGCAGUACCUGGAUACAGCCCAUGAUAUAUGGCCAAUAUACCACGGCUAAGGGAUGUUCUUAAGCAGUACCUGGAUACAGCCCAUGAUAUAUGGCCAAUAUACCACGGCUAAGGGAUGUUCUUAAGCAGUACCUGGAUACAGCCCAUGAUAUAUUGGCCAUAUACCACAAACCCUUGAGGAGCCUUAUUGCUAUUAUAAACUUGUUACCAAUGUAAUUAGAGCAGUGAAAAUAAAUGUUUUGUCAUACACGUGGUAUAUGGUCUGAUAUACCACGUCUGUCAGCCAAUCUGCUGACAGGGCUUGAACCGCCCAGUUUAUAAUUGUGUUUAUAUGGUGCGUGUACACUAUCACUGUUGUUUACUUUCCUUUACACUCACUCAUGUGUUUUCUGCUGUUUGCUACAAGCGUAAGUUUCAAGUUUUAAAUGGUGCACAAGUACAGUGAAAUGUAUUUUUCUUUGAGCAUAUCUGUCAAUAUAACUCCAAACGUAAACCUCAUUGCAUCACAAUUCAGUAACGGUGCUCUGAUGAUGACUACAUCUGAAAAUAAAUGUUGAGAAACAUGCCUGCUGUUUCUCCUAGUAAUUCCA